GGAAUGUUACACUACACUCACUGUUAAACAUCCAGGAGUGAUGAUGAAGUCACAGGAUGGAGCUGGCUCUUUCCUUCUAUUCCUCACUCCUUUACUGCUCCCGGCGAGCUUAGCCUCGGAUCUUCCCUUUGUAACGUGUGGCUCUGUGGUGAAACUGCUCAACACACGACACAACGUCCGUCUUCAUUCUCAUGACGUCAGAUAUGGUUCGGGCAGCGGGCAGCAGUCGAUAACGGGCGUCACUUCAGUAGAUGAUGGCAAUAGUUAUUGGCGGAUUCGAGGGAAAACCUCCACUGUUUGUGAGAGGGGGACAUUAGUGAAAUGUGGUCAAUCUAUCCGCUUGACUCAUGUCAAUACUGGGCGUAAUCUGCAUAGUCACCACUUCACAUCUCCUCUUUCAGGAAAUCAGGAAGUCAGUGCUUUUGGAGACGAUGGUGAGGGUGAUUAUCUGGAUGACUGGACAGUACUUUGCAAUGGAGAAUUCUGGCAGAGGGAUGAAGAGGUGCGCUUCAGACAUACCUCCACUGAUGUACUACUGUCAGUCACUGGGGAACAAUAUGGACGUCCAAUAAAUGGCCAGAGAGAGGUGCAUGGUAUGGCCUACUCCAACCAGAAUAACUACUGGAAAGUCAUGGAGGGCAUCUUUAUGAAACCAAGCGAACCACAAAGGACUGAUACUGCUCAUACUGAAUUAUGACCUUUCACACAGAGACUCACUCUUCCAGUUUCCCUUCCCUGACCAUACAGUAUUUGGCAAGCUAAGGAUUCCUCCUAACUACUGAGUUGCUAUCACACAGGUGCUGAUGGUUUUUAGUUGAGAAUCCAAAUGCACAAUUUUCUUUUAGUUUUAUUAUUGUUUUGCAAUUUUAAUGUUAAGAACGUGAGGGAUGGUAUGUCCUCAAGCAUGCCACAAGGUUAUUUCAUUCUGCCUAAUUUUACCUAAGUAUUGAAUGGAUUUGAAUAUAAUUAUUUUUAAAAAAUCGCAUGAUUCAA